AGGUUGUUCAUUAUUGUUUUCGUCAGCAUAAAAUAAAAAUGUGCAACAAUUCAGUAACGUUUGUCUUGUCUUGUCGCUUUAGCUACGUGAACUAACGUUCCUGGCGAAAGCUGUUGCUUAGUGUUAGUUGUUGUGAUGUACCUAUGUUGAAGUAUAGUUAGCAUGUCUGCGCACGCGCAGGCGACGCGCGUGAAGCAGGAGCCGGCGGGUGACCAAGACCAAGUCGCGGCGUGCGUGUGGGACUUGACAGCAUCGCUGCUCGCGGACAAAGUGCACAUUAAAGAGGAUACAGAGCUUAAAACCAAAGAAGCAGAAGUAAAUGAGGAGCUAUCAUGCGGGGAAAUUCAAAACCCAUGCAUGAGCGAGGCCGAAAUGGCAUCCAAUCUGUUCAUGGACCACAGCAUGCAGGAUGAGCCCAUGCUGGAAUCAAAACAUGUGCAGGCACAGGAAACAGCUUACAAACUUCAUGGGGCAGCCGUUAAGGAGAAGCGGCAGGAGCUGAAGAACUGCUAUGUAAGGCUCGAGCGCAUUGAUAAACUACUUAUCCACAUGUGUCCAAAGACAGUGGACUAUAACACCAUUUCCCCAACAUGUGUUAAUAAGGGAACUGGCAUAGAAACUGAAACACUGGAUGACAGUUCUGCUACCAACAUCGCUGCAGCGGUGAAGCAAGAACGCCUGCAGCUAAGAGACUGCUGCGUGAAGCUUGAACGUCUCCAACACCACGAGGCGCUGCAUAGAUGCAACAUGGGGCCCGCUGCGCACCACCAGUCACAAGCUAAGCACGCCGUGACUGGACCCUCUGAUUCGCGACACGAAACAAACACUAACAAAAAUAACCCUGAGACGUAUGUGUGUAACGAUUGUGGCAAAACGUUUCACCGAAAAUCUAACUUGAUACGCCAUAUUCAAAGUAACAUUUGUAAAACAGAGAGACCGUACGCUUGUCAUACGUGCGGGAAAAAAUUUAAACGCAAAAGCCAUUUGGAAACACAUACAUUUAUUCACACUGACUCAAAACCGUACGCUUGUCAUACGUGCGGAAAAAAAUUUAAACAAAAAAGCCACUUGAAUACACAUAGAUUUACUCACACUGACGCAAAACCAUACGCUUGUCAUACGUGCGGAAAAUUUUUUAAACAAAAAAGCCACUUGAAUACACAUAGAUUUACUCACACUGACGCAAAGCCAUACGCUUGUCAUACGUGCGGAAUUUUUUUUAAACAUAAAAGCUCUUUGGAAAUACAUGCAUUUAUUCACACUGGUGCAAAGCCGUACGCAUGUGAAGUAUGUAAAAGGCAGUUUUCGAAUCAUGGUUCUUUAUUUGCUCAUAAACGAGGGCAUACGGGAGAAAAGGCUUUUUCGUGCCAUGUUUGUAGUAAAUCGUUUUCUACUGGGGCUGGUUUAAAAAUGCAUAUAAGGAUGCACACUGGCGAAAAGCCUUAUUCAUGUGAAAUUUGUAAAAAGCAGUUUGCGUAUUCUUGCAGUCUCACAUCACACAAUCGUGUGCAUACAGGCGAAAGGCCAUAUUCGUGUGAGUUUUGUGAAAAACGGUUUAAGACUGCGAGUCAUUUAGGUGUACAUAGACGGAUCCAUACUGGCGAACGACCGUAUGUGUGCGAGAUAUGUUAUCGAGAGUUUUCAGAUUCUGGACACUUAAAUACACAUAAACGGACCCAUACCGGCGAGAGGCCUUACUCGUGCAACGUAUGUGAAAAGCAGUUUUCGCGAUCAGAGCACUUGCGUCAGCAUGAGCGAACUCACACUGGCGAAAAGCCCUACUGUUGCGAGAUUUGCGAUAAACGAUUUGCGUAUUCGCAAAAUUUGCAUACACAUAAACAAACUCACAAAGAAAAAUCGUAUUUGUGCAAAAUAUGCAAUGAAAAAUUUUCUCAAUUGAGGGACUUUAAAAAGCAUAAAAGGAUUCACAAGAAGCGUGAUUUUACAUGUGAAACAUGUAAGAAAUCGUUUACCCGUUUGGAUUAUCUGGAGACGCAUAAACGUAUUCAUACUGGCGAGAAGCCUUAUUCAUGCAAAAUUUGUGACAAACGGUUUGCUCAAAAAGGUCACUUGAAUAUACACACGCAAAUUCAUAGUGACAAAAAACCAUUCGCUUGUGGAAUAUGUAAUAAACAGUUCAAAGAUUACAGUUACUUGGUAAGACACAAACGAAUCCACACUGGCAUAAAGCCCUAUACUUGUGAAAUCUGUGAAAAAAAGUUUUUGGAAAAAAACAGUUUGAUCAGUCAUAAAAGAAUACACAGUGGUGAAAAGCCGUAUACAUGCUACAUAUGCAAAAAAGCUUUUGCACAUGCGCAUACCUUAAAUAGGCACAGACGACUCCAUACCGGCGAAAGGCCUUUUACGUGCAAAGUUUGUAAAAAGCAGUUUACUUGUUCGUCUGGUUUGUCUUCUCAUGAACGGACUCACACUGGUGAGAAGCCAUAUUCGUGCGAAGAUUGUGGCAGACGUUUUGCGCAUUCAUCAGCGUUAGUAAUACAUAGACGAACUCAUACUGGCGAAAGGCCCUAUUCUUGUGAAGAUUGCAGCAAUAGCUUUGCGGACGCAAGUACUUUGCGUAAACAUAGACGCAUCUGUGCGGGUGAAAAUAUUUAGUUAUGAUAAAUUUUCAAAAAUGGGUUUCGUAGUCGAGUUUUAUUUUAUUUAUUCGGUACACAAAUUACAAUAAAAUAAAGUAGACAAGCAAAUAUUGGUUUUAGUUGGGAAUGCUAUACAUGUACGCUCAACUUAAAAAAACAUUUAACCUCCUGCCUACUCGUAUUUUUAAUUUGAACUAUAUACCACAUAUAUAACGGCGGUCUAUGUCCUUUGAGUAGGACCAAACAUAACUCCGUAAUAGAUGAAUACAGUCUAAGGAAAAAACGUGCCUCGAAAAUCAAGAAAAUUUGAUUCUCGUUCAGAGGGCGCUACUAGCUUUGGCUUACUGUCGUAUAGAUGGCGUUGACGGUUUCGUUUGUUAUUUAACAAUUUAAACGCAUAUCAGUAAAAGAACAUGGGUCAAAAUCAUAAAAAUAAUUAAUGCAAAUAAAAAAAAUCAUUUAUCCAUAUUUAAAUACAUUUAAUCGUAUUUUUAUAAAUCUUCAUUUUUAGUUUUAAAGUUUGUCGACAGAUGGCAGUGAAUUUACCGGGGUUACAAAAUUUACUAUGACAGUACCGCUCUAGUAUAAGUUACUCUAUGGUAGGACAAACGUAGGCACAAGGAUAAAGAGCGAAAACUAAAAUUACCUAUACACUAAUAAGUAUCCCAAAAUUAUACUAAAUCACAUACACAAUUAUAAAUAAAACAAUUUCUAAACCGCAGCCAAAUAACACUAGACCCUACUAAUAGUGUUGUGUUCCUGCCGGUGAGUAAGGUU